AAGUGAAAAUACCUUUUGGAAACAAAUAUCUUGAUGCUAUCUUUUCUGUCCCAGAGAAGAAAUCAAGAUAUGGAGUGAUUCUUACCCAUGGAGCUGGAGGAGAUAUGAAUUUCCCUCACUUAGUGUCUUUGGCAGCCUAUCUUGCAUCCCAUGGAGUUCUGUGCCUGCGGUUUACUUGUAAAGGCCUUAACAUUGCUUAUAGGACUAAGGCCUUCAAAACAGUUGUGGAAUACUUAAAGCUUUCUGAUGAUUAUAAACUUUUGGGUGUCUUCCUUGCAGGCCGUUCCAUGGGCUCACGAGCUGCCGCCUCUGUGAUACGUCAUCUUAGCCAGGAGGAUGAUGAUGACUUCAUUCAAGGUCUAGUAUGUUUAUCUUACCCAUUGCAUCGACCAAAACUUCAGUCCAAGCUCCGGGAUGAAGAUUUAUUAUUUAUCAGGUGUCCGGUGCUGUUUGUCUCAGGAUCAGCAGAUGAGAUGUGUGAAAAACAAUUACUGGAAGGUGUGGCAAGCAAAAUGAAAGCCCCUAAAAAAAUCCACUGGAUUGAUAAAGCAAACCACGGGAUGGCAGUCAAAGGACGAACAACAGAUGAUGUCAUGGAAGAAAUAAAUGGACAUGUUUUUUCUUGGCUUAGAGAGAUGAUUGAACUGGAGGACAAAUGAUUCUCAAUGUUUAAGCAGUAUCUUCAUUUAGCUUCUCCUAAAUGCAGCAAAUUAGAGUUUGUUAUUUCUGAGAGACGUGUUUUUUAAAACAGGUGUUUUCAGAGGUCUAAGUGUAAAUGCAAAUAAAACAUUUUUGUGUGAAU